CACGGUAGCGCUCAGUGUGCGGGCGGAGCGCUCGAGCUGAGCUACACGGACUUGACGGCAACCUGCGUGCACACGCACACUGGCACACGCGCGCGCUCGCUCGCGCACGGAGACGCUUGUUGGUUUGCUCGCGAGUUACACUGCACUGUUUUUAUUGUUUAUUGUUUGCUAUGUUUUUCUCUCACUCUCCGCGUGGAGCCAUGAAGGGGUUUUGGGAGGGGGGUCGCUCCCUCCCGGCGAGGUGCACGAGCUGAAGUGCGGGAGCGCGCGCACACCGGGAUUUUUUUUUUGUUGUUGCUGCUUUCAUCGCUGUUUUUUGCGUAACCGGCGCAAAGUUGCGCGUGAAACCAGGGGUUCGGACGGGUGCGCGUACCGUUAAGGGCUGUGGGUUCAGUGCCAGCACGCGCCAACGUGCAAACAACAUGCACUUGCUCUGGACUCUGCAGGCGGGUGCUCUCGCUCGUGCCGGGGAUGUGCAUGACUAACCCAGCGAGCAGCGUGGCGUAGCACCACAUCAACAAACCAACAAACAAACAAACAAGCAGAAACAAACAACAUUCCGCCGCGUGCAGCCCUAUCCCCUGAACCGUGAACAAGUUUUGGAGUUAUUUUUGGGCGCGCGCGCACCGGGAUACUGUUUUAGCGCUAUGCACCGCGGGAUGCACGAGCUUGUGCUGCUGCUGCUGUGAGGCUCGAGAUCUCCAUCACAGGACUAGGCUAUUCGGAUCCCACUCUCUCGCUCUAAAACCCCCGCGCGCGCCAGUGGUUUGCCGUGGCUGGAGCAAACAUGUUGCGCGUGGUGGUGUGCGCGCUGCAUUCGCUCGUGCUGUUGCUCGGAGUUACAGACAGCCGGAUCCUGGAAAGCCUUCAGCGUUACUCCUCCUCCCCCACUUACCUGCCUGUCAGUUACCAGCUCCUCAACACCGAGUCAUCCUUCUUCCUCAAGGAGGCCACGCAAGACUUCAUGCGCAACUCCAGCCUCCUGUCCAGAACGGAACUGUUCUUCAUCCAUCAAGCUAGGAGAGCUCCAGCCAUCACUGCCAGCUAUGGUACUCUCUCGGUGGAGCAGCCCGUGCCCGUGGACCUCCUCCAGACCCCUGGCACCUUUGUGACCACCUCAACCCUCUUCACCUUCAACUGGAAGGUGCAGACUUUUGUUCUUACAGAGAAGAUCUUUCUGGACAAGUCCAAGGUCCAGGUUCUUUUCUAUGUAGCAGGGAGGGACUGGGAUGACUACACCACCGUGGACAAGCUGCCUUGCGUGCGGAUGUUCGCCUUCCACGAGACGCAAGAAGUCCGCGGCAGCUGCAGGCUCCGGAGCGAGCUGGGGAUCUGUGUAGCAGAGCUGGAGCCUCUUCCCGGGUGGUUUGCGCCCCCUAGUGUGGUUCCCGGACGUCAGAGGGGCAUGGAUUCGUCCAAAGGAACUCCUGUGGAGCUUUAUUACUCACUCCACGUGGUGGAAAGUGGCGAGUGCCUUGGAGAGGAGUCUGCCGAUAGGAAUUCUGCCCGACCGGAACAAGAGGGUAUUUUUGGAUCUGCCACGUCAACGCCUAUGAGGAGGAUUGGAAGCGUGAGGUUGUUCUGGACACCGGCUGUUCCGGAAUUGUCCGAACAACGGCUGGAUGGGAAUUUUGCAGUGCUCGUGCCGUUAGCGCCGGUCCGGCCGAGGGAUAGUGUGUCGGCUUAUGUCGCUGCUUCACCCUACUCGCCUGUGGAGAUGUUCACACUGAGGGUGAAGCUAAAGGACGGAGUAGCGUUUUUAGGGGCGAGACCCUGUAACCCCACGCUGUGGAUGGUCAGUCAGGAUGUCAGGACGGAAGGUCAUAAGGUCGUGACCCUGCACUGCCGGAGGAAAGAGUCCAGCUAUGGACAGAGGGUGGAGCCUGGUUGGCAGAGGGUGGUGCAGGUGGAUCUGGAGAUGGAUGUUACAGUGGAUAUGGUGGGCAGUGGCUCGAUCUCCUGGAUGGUGGAGUAUCCUGGUAUCAGAGCGGGUUCAGAAGAGGCUGAGACUCAGAUCCACGUCGUGCAGAAGGAGCUGGCUGGAGUGAUCCCGCUGGCCAUGGACUCUGAGAUUUUGAACACAGCCGUGCUGAAUGGCAGGACAGUGGCGGUGCCGGUGAAGGUGGUGACGGUGGCGGUGGACAGUACCAUUACUGACGUGUCGGACAUUGUGGGAUGCCGGUCUAUGGACGAGGAUGUGGUAAAGGUUUCAGACCGGUGUGAUUAUGUUUAUGUGAAUGGGAAGGAGAUGAAGGGCCACGUGAGGAUGAUGGUGAACUUCACCUUCAGCAGCAUUCAGGUUCAGCUGGAGCUGAAGGUGUGGCUGCCCCGCCUGCCCCUCCACAUUGAGCUGUCCGACACAGAGCUCAGUCAGAUAAAGGGCUGGAGGAUCCCCACCACAUCAAACAUGCAGAGAUCUGUUCGAGACAGUGACGAUGAUGAUGACGAAGAGCGAAGGGGGCGGAGCUGUACACUUCAGUACCAGCGGACCAUCGUGAGGGUGCUCACGCACUUCGUAGCAGAAUCAGGAGACGCUCGGGGUCAGCUGGUCUACUUGCUGGGCUCUGAUUGGCAGGUGGAUAUCACUGGGCUGGUGUGGGACUUCUUGAAGGUGGAAGACCCUCGAAUUGCACGACUGCUGGAUGGACGUCUUCUGGAAGGGAUGGACACUGGCAUGACCAGCAUUCAGGUUCUGUCUCCUCUCUCUGACUCUAUCCUGGCGGAGAGAACAGUGCGGGUGCUGGAUGAGAGAGUGAGCAUCACUGAACUCGGACUGCAGCUGGUCAGCGGCCUCACGCUUAACCUACAGCUCAGCACGGGGAGCAACCGAGCAAUCAGCGCCACGGCAACCACCCAGGAAGUGCUCAACAGCCCCAAACAGGAGGCACUAAUCAGUGCUUGGCUGCAGUUUAGCGACGGCUCCAUGGCCCCUCUGGACCUGUACAACGCUGAACACUUUGUCCUCACUGCGAUCUCGCUGGACGAGGAGGUGGUCACCGUUCGGCAGGACGCUGCAGGUCGUUGGCCAGUCAUCUCGGCGGAGGCGGAAGGUCAAGGUCUUCUGGUGAGGGUGGAGAUGACCGUCUGUGAGAUGUGCCAGAAAUUUAAACGUCGAAGCGUCUUGGCUGCUGGAAACUGCAACAUUCGCGUGAAGUUUGGACAUAGUGAAAGCUCCUCGAGACCUUCUGCUGCAGACUACGGGGACGAGAUUGAAAACCGUCCGAUGGACCGCCGGCCCAAUCCGAACUUGCCGGACAGAACCGGAAUGGAUGGCCACUACUACGGAAGCUCAAUCUCAGAUAUGGAGGAUGGAGUGAUGAGAAGAAUCACAACCACGACUAAAACGGCCAUCACCAGAAAAGCCGGUGGAGAUAAGCUUUCAGACGACGGGAGUCAGGCAAUCGACUUCUCCGAUUUUCCAGCUCAAGUGGACCUUCCUAGAGGGCGCAACGUGUUUGACGAUGACCUGAUCCAGACCCCUCGAGGACUCACGGACCUUGAGAUCGGGAUGUACGCCUUGCUCGGUGUCUUCUGCUUGGCCAUCCUGGUCUUCCUCAUCAACUGCAUCUCCUACACACUGAAGUAUCGCCACAAGGAGCUGACCAUCGAAGGUCAAGAGAGCAUGAAUCAUGCACACGAUUGGGUUUGGCUUGGGAACGAGGCAGAACUUCUGGAAAGCCACGUAAGUCUGUCACCGCAGACGGACGAGCAAAUCACCAUCAUGGACUCCAGCAUAGGAGGGCUGGAGGAGGGUAGCCACCUCCUGAAUGGAGGGUCUUUGCAGAAGAACAUCCAAAGUCAGGUACACAGAGGAGCCGAGAACACCACGGUCUGCACAGGAAAAGACAGCAAAGGGGAUUCGCCGACGAGCAAGAGGAAACGAGUGAAGUUCACCACCUUUACCACCAUUCCGGUGGAAAGCAUCUGCGCAGCAAGCGAGACUCUAGGGGUGGGGCCUAACGAGGACAUAAAGUGGGUGUGUCAGGAUGUGGAACUAGGGGACUCCAAAGAACUGCGGAACUACAUGGAGCGACUAAACGACAGUGCUUUAAAAGAGGUGGCGUAGUCGACACCGCCGCAGUGUGCGCUGCAGAACUGCAGAACUCACCCUUAUGCCUUUUUACACGAAAAAGAGUCCGAAAAAACAGGGAACAGUCACCGUAUCAACCACAAACUCACCGGACUACGAAGAUCAUCCCUUACAUAACACGAGAUACGUGCGUCGUCGUAUCUCUUGGGUCGUAUUCUAUUCGGCAACCGAGCGCUGAUGGAUAGACGUGCUAACUGACGUCAGGAGAAACUACGACUAAAACAAGCUUAUAAAAGAGAAAUAUCAGUUGAGUACACUUUUUUAAAAAUGUUUGUUUCGUUUAUAAUUCUUUAUUACCUUUUUUUUUGCUGUGUUCAUUUAUAAUUCAAUUAUUUUAGCGCCUUUUGUAGUUGGAGAAAAAAAAAAAAGAAAGACACGACAGUUUUGCCAAGCUUGCCAACGCUCUGCGCACAUCUACAGAAGCCUACAGUACAGAACAGUAUGCAGAUGGUAGACCAAGGAGUGUAAUAUCGAUGCAUAUUCAAACCAUUGUAAAUAAAGUGCACAUAGAAUUCUUUUGACAGA